AGAUUCACUAAUCAUGUGUUAAAUUUACACGGUAGUAAAUUAGUAAAAAAAGCUGUCUCAAAAGAUGGUUUGAAUAAUUUUAUAUUUGCUAUAUUAGAAUAUUAUCCUUAUAAUGAUAAUAAUUUAAUUACAGAACCAUUACAAAACAGAAAAUAUUUGUAUGAAUUAGAAACAAUGUAUUUGAUAUCAUUAAUGCCUAAAUAUAAUAUAUUAACAGAAGCAGGUACUAGUAUAGGAUAUAAACAUACGGAUGAAACUAGUGAAUAUUUAGAAUCAUUAUUUACUAAUGAGCGUCGUUCCCUAACACGUCGUUUAUUAUUAAGUAAAUUACAAUCCGAACGUAAAGGUCAAUGA